AUGUCCGACAGCGUGAUGGUGGAGUACAUGAUCAAGACUGCCACAACAGCCCCCUCAGCAAGCUCGCUGCUCGCCUCGUUGAUGUCCGUCGGGCUCAGUUCUUCUCCAGAGGCCGACUACUUCGUCAACGAGCUCUUCAAGCGUGUCCCUCGGGCCUCUUCAUCAUCCGCUGCGACUACCGCUUCCUCCAAGAAACAGGCUCAGGAGAACAGCAGGAAGAAGGCCGAGCUGGAGGCGAAGGCUUUGCAGAAGCAAAAGUUUGGCCUCCUGAUCGACGAUGCUCCCGAUGACUCGACAGUUGAGAUUAAGAAGGGAAGGAAAGAGAAGGGCACCUUGAAAAGCAAGACGACCAAUGCCAAGGACGGAUGGGAGAGCGAUGAGGAAGAACGGGCUGCCAAGAGACAACGAUGGGCCGAAGGAGCGCAGCGGAGGGGGGAUCAGGAUCUAGACCACUCACAAGAAGAACCAACAGAAACAGAGGCCGAACGGAUCGAACGAGAACGGCUCCAGGAUGCCAAGGAGAGAGAUGAAUUCGCAGAAAGACUCAAGGCGAAAGACCGUGACAAGACUAAGAAGAUAGUCGAAGAUAAAACCUCUAAACUCACCCCCGAUCAAAUCCGUCGCCGGAACUUAGAAAACGAUGAGGAGGCUAGGAAGAUGGCGAUGCCCGAGGUCAGGAAGAGAGCCAGACAAGAAUAUCUGAGCAAACGUGAACUACAACAGAUCGAACUACUCAAACAAGAAAUAUUGGAUGAAGAGGCUGAUUUCAAAGGGGUCGUCAUGACCCAGCGAGAGAUUCGAGAGUUGAACAAAAAGAAAGAGGUCUUACGUCUAGCUCAGGAGAGGAUGGGUAUCGAUGAUGGUUACGAUGGCUACGUGAUGCCCGAAGAUUAUAUAACUGAACAGGGAAGACUGGAUAAAAAGAAGAAGCACGACGCCUUAUAUAAACGAUACGAAGAGAGUAAGAGACCAGCUGAUGAGUUCGUAACCGAUGUGGACCGUUAUGAGGCCAUUCAGACUCAAAACGCCACCGCCACUUUUGGCGCGAUGGAUCGAUCGGUGCAAGCCGAGGAUUACGAAUAUGUUUUCGAUGAGAGCGCUACAAUAGCUUUCCUAGUGGACCAAGACAGCCGGAUCGGGGGUACAUUGAGUGCGAAAGACGCUGCUCUCCAAGCUCAGAUCGAUGCCGCGGAACGUCGAGCAAAGUCAAUCGAUGAAGUUCGAAAGUCACUUCCAGUCUACGAAUGGAGGGAAAAGCUACUCCAAGCAGUCUCAGAAUAUCAAGUCCUGAUCGUCGUUGGAGAGACGGGGUCAGGGAAGACCACUCAACUCCCUCAGUAUUUGCACGAGGCGGGUUAUACCAAGGAUGGAGGGAAGAUCGGCUGCACUCAACCUCGACGAGUUGCGGCUAUGUCAGUAGCAGCUCGAGUGGCCGAUGAAAUGGGCGUCCGAGUAGGAGAUGCUGUCGGCUACUCGAUUCGGUUUGAAGAUUGUACUUCGCCCAAGACCGUCAUCAAAUAUAUGACCGACGGAAUGUUGCUCAGGGAGUUUAUGACGGAACCCGAUCUAGCUGGCUAUAGCGCCAUGAUUAUCGAUGAAGCUCAUGAACGUACACUGAGUACAGAUAUUUUAUUGGGCUUGGUUAAGGACAUUGCUCGCUUCAGGCCCGACUUCCGGCUGUUAAUCUCCAGUGCGACUAUGAAUGCCGCGAAAUUCUCAGAAUAUUUUGAUGAUGCUCCAAUCUUCAAUAUCCCGGGAAGAAUGUAUCCGGUGGAUAUCUUAUAUACACCCAACCCAGAGGCAAACUACCUCCAUGCGGCAGUCACGACUAUCUUCCAAAUCCAUACCACCCAACCCAAGGGCGAUAUCCUUGUAUUCUUUACCGGCCAAGAUGAGAUCGAAGCAGCACAAGAGAACCUGGAGGAAACAGCGAGGGCCUUGGGAAAUAAAAUAGGGGAAUUGAUGAUCUGUCCGAUUUACGCUAAUCUGCCCACCGAGAUGCAGGCCAAGAUCUUUGAGCCGACACCUGAUAGAGCUCGCAAAGUCGUCCUGGCAACGAAUAUCGCCGAAACUUCUAUUACUAUCGAUGGUGUCGUUUAUGUCAUUGAUCCCGGUUUUGUCAAACAGAACUCUUAUAAUCCUCGUACCGGUAUGGAAUCCUUGGUCGUUGUUCCUUGUUCACGUGCGGCCGCAAACCAACGUGCUGGUCGGGCGGGGCGAGUAGCCCCAGGAAAAUGCUUCAGACUGUACACGAAGUCAGCCUACAUGAAGGAGUUAGACGAAGACACCGUUCCGGAGAUCCAGAGAACCAACUUGGCCAACGUAGUUCUACUCCUGAAGUCAUUAGGAAUCAACGACUUGAUCGGAUUCGACUUCUUGGAUCCACCACCCGGUGAUACCCUGAUACGAGCUCUAGAUCUUCUUUAUGCCCUGGGAGCGUUCAACGACCGAGGUGAACUGACUAAAAUCGGCAGGAAGAUGGCCGAGUUUCCAAUGGAUCCAAUGCUGUCAAAGGCCAUCCUUGAGAGCGAAAAACAUCAUUGCACAGAAGAAGUUUUGUCGAUCGUUUCAAUGCUUUCUGAAAGUAGUUCUCUCUUCUAUCGGCCCAAGGAUAAGAAGAUGCAUGCAGAUCGGGCCCGAUUGAAUUUUGUACAACCUGGCGGGGACCAUUUUACACUAUUGAACGUGUUUGAACAAUGGAAAGAGACGAACUGGUCGAUUUCCUGGUCGUACGAAAAUUAUGUGCAAAUCAAGUGCCUGAAUCGAGUGCGAGACAUCCGAGAUCAACUGUCGAGUCUCUGUGAACGGGUGGAGAUCGUACCUGAAUCUAACUCGAGUGGGUCUAUCGAGCCGAUCCAGAAGAGCUUACUCGGCGGUUAUUUCAUGAAUACUGCACGGCUCGGGAAGGGAGGAGACUCGUACCGGACAUUGAAAUCCAACCAAUCAGUUUACAUCCACCCAUCGUCUAGUUGUUUCAAGACACAACCUCCACCACGAAUGAUUCUGUUUUAUGAAUUGGUCUUGACUAGUAAAGAAUAUGCUCGACAAGUCAUGCAGAUCGACAAACCUGAAUGGCUUCUACAAGCCGCCCCCCACUUCUUCAAACCUGCUGAUCUGGAGAUUUUUGGAAAGAAGAAGCUCCCAAAACAAAUUCAAGUGCGUAAGGCUGACGAAUGA